UGUCGGCCACGUCUGGCGCACAGUCCCAGGCCCUGGGGCGAGGAUGGUCAGGGCGAAAUGGGGCUCAGGGAAUGCUAAGCAAACGGCAUCACUGGUGGUCUCCAGCGCCUGCGGAGCGGGCUCUGUUUCCCCUCCCAAGGCGGCGGCGGCUGAGCGGCGGAGCCCCCCAAAUGGCCUGGCCAGAUGCGGCAGGUUUGCUGCUCAGCGCUGCCGCCGCCGCCACUGGAGAAGGCUCGGUGCAGCAGCUACAGCGACAGCAGCAGCAGCAGCAGCAGCGAGAGGAGCAGCAGCAGCAGCAGCAGCGAGAGCGGCAGCAGCAGCAGGAGCAGCAGCAGCAACAGCAGCAUCUCCCGUCCCGCUGCGCCCCCAGAGCCGCGGCCGCAGCAACAGCCGCAGCCCCGCAGCCCCACAGCCCGGAGAGCCGCCGCCCGCUCGGGAGCCGCAGCCGCCGGCGGCAUGAGGCGCGACCCGGCCCCCGGCUUCUCCAUGCUGCUCUUCGGUGUGUCGCUCGCCUGCUACUCGCCCAGCCUCAAGUCGGUGCAGGACCAGGCGUACAAGGCACCAGUGGUGGUGGAGGGCAAGGUACAGGGGCUGGCCCCAGCUGGCGGCUCCAGCUCCAACAGCACCCGCGAGCCGCCCGCCUCAGGUCGGGUGGCGCUGGUGAAGGUGCUGGACAAGUGGCCGCUCCGGAGCGGGGGGCUGCAGCGCGAGCAGGUGAUCAGCGUGGGCUCCUGUGCGCCGCUCGAAAGGAACCAGCGCUACAUCUUUUUCCUGGAGCCCACAGAACAACCCUUAGUCUUUAAGACGGCCUUUGCCCCUCUCGACACCAACGGCAAAAACCUCAAGAAAGAGGUGGGCAAGAUCCUGUGCACUGACUGCGCCACCCGGCCCAAGCUGAAAAAGAUGAAGAGCCAGACGGGACAGGUGGGUGAGAAGCAAUCGCUGAAGUGCGAGGCAGCAGCCGGUAACCCCCAGCCCUCCUACCGGUGGUUCAAGGAUGGCAAGGAGCUCAACCGCAGCCGAGACAUUCGCAUCAAGUAUGGGAACGGCAGAAAGAACUCGCGACUACAGUUCAACAAGGUGAAGGUGGAGGAUGCUGGGGAGUACGUCUGCGAGGCCGAGAACAUCCUGGGGAAGGACACCGUCCGGGGCCGGCUCCACGUCAACAGUGUGAGCACCACCCUGUCAUCCUGGUCGGGGCAUGCCCGGAAGUGCAACGAGACAGCCAAGUCCUAUUGUGUCAAUGGAGGCGUCUGUUACUACAUUGAAGGCAUCAACCAGCUCUCCUGCAAGUGUCCUGUGGGAUACACCGGGGACAGGUGUCAGCAGUUCGCAAUGGUCAACUUCUCCAAGCACCUUGGAUUUGAAUUGAAGGAAGCUGAGGAGCUGUACCAGAAGAGGGUCCUGACCAUCACCGGCAUCUGUGUGGCUCUGCUGGUCGUGGGCAUCGUCUGUGUGGUGGCCUACUGCAAGACCAAGAAACAGCGGAAGCAGAUGCACAACCACCUCCGGCAGAACAUGUGCCCAGCCCACCAGAACCGGAGCUUGGCCAAUGGGCCCAGCCACCCCCGGCUGGACCCCGAGGAGAUCCAGAUGGCAGACUAUAUCUCCAAGAACGUCCCAGCCACAGAUCAUGUCAUCAGGAGGGAAACUGAGACCACCUUCUCUGGGAGCCACUCCUGUUCUCCUUCUCACCACUGCUCCACAGCCACGCCCACCUCCAGCCACAGACACGAGAGCCACACGUGGAGCCUGGAACGUUCUGAGAGCCUGACCUCUGACUCCCAGUCGGGCAUCAUGCUGUCAUCGGUGGGCACCAGCAAGUGCAACAGCCCAGCGUGUGUGGAGGCCCGGGCCCGGCGAGCAGCAGCCUAUACCCUGGAGGAGCGGCGCAGGGUGGCCAUGCCACCCUACCACGACUCUGUGGACUCCCUGCACGACUCCCCACACAGUGAGAGGUACGUGUCGGCCCUGACCACGCCCGCGCGCCUCUCGCCCGUGGACUUCCACUACUCGCUGGCCACGCAGGUGCCGACUUUCGAGAUCACGUCGCCCAACUCGGCGCACGCCGUGUCGCUGCCGCCGGCCGCGCCCAGCAGCUAUCGCCUGGCGGAGCAGCAGCCGCUGCUGCGGCAGCCGGCGCCCCCCGGCCCCGGACCCGGGCCGGGCGCGGACAUGCAGCGCAGCUACGACAGCUACUACUACCCCGCGGCGGGGCCGGGGCCGCGGCGCGGGGCCUGCGCGCUGGGCGGCAGCCUGGGCAGCCUGCCCGCCAGCCCCUUCCGCAUCCCGGAGGACGACGAGUACGAGACCACGCAGGAGUGCGCGCCCCCUCCGCCGCCGCCGAGGCCGCGUGCGCGUGGCGCGUCCCGCAGGACGUCGGCGGGGCCCCGGCGCUGGCGCCGCUCGCGCCUCAACGGGAUGGCGGCGCAGCGCGCACGCGCGGCGCGGGACUCGCUGUCGCUGAGCUCGGGCUCGGGCGGCGGCUCGGCGUCGGCCUCGGACGACGACGCGGACGACGCGGACGGGGCGCUGGCGGCCGAGAGCACGCCCUUCCUCGGCCUGCGCGCGGCGCACGACGCGCUGCGCUCGGACUCGCCGCCGCUGUGCCCGGCGGCCGACAGCAGGACUUACUACUCGCUGGACAGCCACAGCACGCGCGCCAGCAGCACACACAGCCGCGGGCCGCCCGCGCGGGCCGCGCAGGACUCGGCGCCCCUCUAGGGCGCGCCCCGCUGUCGGGAGAACGCAGGCCGCCGACUGGAGAAAGGAGGAAAAAAAGAAAUAAAAAAUAUUUUUAUUUUCUAUAAAAGGAAAAAAGUAUAACAAAAUGUUUUAUUUUCAUUUUAGCAAAAAUUGUCUUAUAAUACUAGCUAACGGCAAAGACGUUUUUAUAGGGAAACUAUUUAUAUGUAACAUCCUGAUUUACAGCUUCGGAAAAAAAAAGAAACAACAAAAAAAAAGAGAGAUGGGCCAAUUUUUUGACUCUUUAAUAGAAACCUAUUUUGUGGUGCCUUUUGCUGUACGCUAUCCUGGGGCUCCUGGAGAAAAGUCUGGGCUGGGGGUGGCGGAACCGUAGGAUCCCGAGCUGCUGGCAGGGGUGAGAGAGCA